UCCUCAUUGGUCAGUUAAAGUUGGAAUGAUGUCAUACCUCUUAGUUUCAACCAAUCCUGUAUCAGAAUAUUCUCGUUCUCUAUAAGUUAGUGCAAUGUUUACAAAUCUUAAAAUGAGAAUUUCAUAAAAAAUUUGAUUUUUCAUUCUAACUUAGGAUUUGUGAGAAAAUGUGGACUAGCUAAGAAUUACUCUUGUUCAUACUUCGUAUGUUGCCUACGUACGAAGGUUGUAAUUUUUAGGUGAUUUUAUUAUUUGAAUAGUACAUCUGCCUGAUUGAAUAACUCAGUAAAAAUGCAUAUAAGAAAUUUACAUAGAAUAAACCAUGUUACUGCCUGCUAUUUUAUUUCUUUGUUCAUCAUCCUGUUUGAAGGAACAAACGGCUUUUAUGUUCCUGGUGUUGCUCCUGUUGAAUUCAGGAAGGGAGAUAGCAUAGAAGUAAAAGCUGUAAAAAUGACUAGUACAUUAACUCAACUUCCUUACGAAUACUAUUCUCUUCCUUUUUGUCGUCCAAAGAAUGGAGCUGUUGUUUAUAAAUCUGAAAAUUUAGGUGAAGUUUUAAGAGGGGAUCGAAUUGUUAAUACGCCUUAUGAAGUAAUAAUGGCUGUAGAUCAGUCAUGUCGUGUGUUAUGCAAUGAUCCAAAAACUCCACUUAAUUGGUCUGUUCCAGAAUCAAAAUUAGUUGCCAACCGUAUUCAGCAUCAAUAUUAUGUUCACUUACUAAUUGAUAAUCUUCCUUGUGCUACAAGAUUUGAUUACAAUGAUGGAUUACCACAGUAUGAGCAUGGUUAUAGAUUAGGUUUUGUUGAAAAAGGAGUACCUUAUAUUAAUAAUCAUUUGAAGAUCACUUUGAAGUACCAUUCUCAGCCAGGUGAAAACUACAGAGUUGUUGGCUUUGAAGUAGAAACAAAGAGUAUUGAUUAUUCAAGCUUAGAGUUUGCUGGCAAUACAUGCUCAUAUCCCGAAUCUCAUAAAAAACAAGCUGUUAAUAUAAAUGGAUCGACAAAAUUAUAUUUCACUUAUGAAAUAAGCUGGGAGGAAAGUAAUGUACGAUGGGCAUCAAGAUGGGAUAUAUAUCUUGCUAUGUCUGAUGUUCAAAUUCAUUGGUUUUCUACAAUUAAUUCUGUGGUGGUUGUAUUUUUCUUAUCAGGCAUACUCACUAUGAUUAUAGUGAGAACUCUUCGUCGAGAUAUUGCCAAAUAUAAUAGAAAUGAAGAUAUGGAAGAUACAAUGGAGGAAACUGGAUGGAAAUUAGUUCAUGGUGAUGUAUUCAGACCUCCUCGCUACCCAAAACUUUUUGCUGCAGUCAUUGGCAGUGGAAUACAAAUUUUCUUAAUGACUUUUAUUACAAUGUUUUUUGCAAUGCUUGGAAUGCUUUCACCUGCAUCUCGAGGAGCUUUAAUGACAGUAGCAAUUUUCCUUUAUGUUUUCAUGGGCUGUGUUUCUGGAUAUUUUUCUGCUCGCUUGUAUAAAACUCUAAGAGGUAUUCAGUGGAAGAAAGCUGCUCUUUAUACUGCUUUGUUAUAUCCAGGAAUUGUGUUUGGAACAGGCUUUGUUUUGAAUUUUUUUAUUUGGGGAAAACAAUCCUCUGGUGCUGAUUAUCAUUGGUGGUGGAGAUCCAUUAUGGUGUCAGGUGGAUCUGCAUUAUAUGUUUUUGCCUAUUCUGUAUUCUACUUCCUUACUAAGCUGGAAAUAACCGAGUUCAUUCCAACACUGUUGUAUUUUGGUUACACUGGUUUGAUGGUACUAACCUUCUGGAUUUUGACAGGAACAAUUGGAUUCUAUGCAGCCUAUUUUUUCAUUCGAAAAAUAUAUGGUGCUGUGAAAAUUGACUAAUUUUUUGAGAUAUCAAUUAAUAUUUAACUACACUUAACCUUGAAAGUGAAACAGCUGAAAGAACAAUAUUCAUAAACACCCUGGAACAUUCAACAAAUAGCAAUUAAUAAACAUUAUUACAUUGUAAAUAGUCCCUUUUUAUGUCUAGUGAUAUUUGUGUUUUGGUAAAGAUUUCUAUUUAUAGUUUCUCGUAUAAUAAAAUGAUUAUAUUUUC